UAUUAGAAUCUGUAAUGGAGUGCAGCUGUAGGAAGGAUAGUCAUGGCGUCGAAAUCGUUGAUCGGUGGCUCAAAGAAGAGGAACUAACAAGCAUUACUUCUUUCACUGAGUUAAUGUUGGUUAAAUUUACAAUGCAUCUUUGCAAUAUAUAAUUACUGUUUUACCUUCUGCGGCACACAUCAUUGAAAUUGAAGACAAUGACGACAUAGCCGCUCCAUCCAUGGAUAGAAGAUGGUUGUGUUCCUAAUUCUGCUAUUGAUUGAAGGAUGAGCAUGGAUCGAUUCGUCUACAACCCGAAUGCAGAUCCACAAUCCAGCGAUGCCUUUUCCGGGACUCUUGAAAUCCAUGUCCAUCAUGCCAGGAAUAUACACAACAUAUGCAUCUAUGACAACCAGGAUGUGUAUGCAAAGUUCUCCCUUACCUAUAAUCCGGACGAGACCUUCUCCACAAGGAUCAUCAAUGGCGGGGGGAAGAACCCCGAAUUCAAUGAGGACUUGUUGGUCACAAUCAACCAGGCUGAUGCUGUCCUGAAAUGUGAGAUAUGGAUGAUGAGCAGGGCCAAGAGUUACAUGGAUGAUCAGCUGCUCGGCUUCGCCUUGGUCCCGAUUACUUCAGUUUCUGGAAAAGGGAAAGUGACUCAGGACUUUUCUCUUUCGUCGACUGACCUGUUUCACUCCCCUGCCGGUACUAUCAAAUUAUCGCUUUCGCUAAAUGCAGAAACUCCCCUGAAUCUCCCGUCGGAUUCUUACCAUGAUCUGGCGGUUGAUACUUCUGCAACGUCGAAACUUUUGCUGGAUAAAAGUAUCGUACCUGAAGAAUACUCGAGGCUGGAAUUCCCUGACAUGAACGUAGUCGCCGAAAACCAUCUCAUGGUAUCUGAAGUCUUUGCUAAAAACAAAAACCUUUGGCAGCCAUGGCUGGGGAAACCUGAUGGAUCAUUUCUGCAUCUUGGAGCUUCUCCGGACUCUGUCGAAGACUGUGAAAUGGCAGGCAAUUCAUCGGACGAAUUCCAGGCCGAUGAGUCAGUGUCGCCUAAUGGAAGCCUCCACAACUCCAGCUUUCUCAGCUCCACCAUGACAAGCUUAAGCGACGACCCGAAUUCAGCUGCCGAUUCAAUGGAGCAGAAAAAGGGUCGCACCUACACAGAUUUCUCGACAUCCCCGACUGAUAAACAGUCGCCUGUGAUCAUCACAGACACUGCGUCGCUGAAGAAGAUCCCGGCAAAAUCCCAUCUGGAAAUGGCGGAGGAAAGCGAGAAGAAACCAUCCCCGCCUAUCGGGUUGGCAAGAAACUUGAAGACGGAGGCGGAGGAGUCGGCAAUGCAGCAACAGAUAGUUGAUAUGUACAUGAGGAGCAUGCAGCAGUUCACUGAAUCCCUGGCCAAAAUGAAGCUGCCGAUGGAUCUGGACAAGCCUCAUGCCCAGAUUCAUGGCCCCGACAAGAAGGUUGACGACAACGACGACGACGAUGUCGAGAAUAAUAAGAAGAAGGUUAAGGACAAUUCCAGGGUGUUCUAUGGUAGCAGGGCAUUUUUCUAGCAGUUGGAAUUUGUUGAUGAUGUUUCGAUUUUUUCACUACUAUUAGUACUCUUACUUCUCGAAUGUUUUUCCAGUUUUGGUAUCACAAUUCACACACAUAUUAUAUAUAUGUACGUAUAUGUGCAUUGUGCCUAACUCUAUAGAAGAAGAUGUAAUUGAAUUGAAUUACUAGUAUUUUAGUGUAAGAAUAGUAAUUGUAAUUGUUGCAUGUAACUGCUUUGUCGUUAUUUGUAUUUAUAUAUAUUAGUAAUAUUUGUUUUGAAGUA